AUGCUAAAGAAGAGGUGCAAUAUACACCCCGGAUAUAAAUGGGAUGAUCCGAGUGUGGUGUGUGUCACUCUUGUUAAAUUUCUUACGAAUCCUCCUCGAAAGAUUGACAUGUCCACUGCUAAGGGUGAAUGUGGCGAAGAUGUUAUAGUUGGGGUCUGGCAAAAGAGGGGUCGGGGAAAGAGUGAGAUUCUUGGCCCUGCGAUGAAGAGGCGGAGGGCAGUGGUGAGGGAAACUCCAUGGACAGGUCGGGAGAUUCCCAAUAUUUCGGAGGACCCAAUUGCUGACCCCCUAAGGCCUGUUCCUCGUGAUUCCCUUUUGGAGGUUGCGAAAUUCUGCUGGGAAUGGGGACAAGAAGAAAAUUCACAUGUGCGGUUAUGUGGAGAAGAUGGUAUGGAAGGUUCGCAUAACUUCUUUGUUCGAUUGCUGACCAAUGAUGAACAUAGACAUGACCUUGCUUUUGCUACGGGAGCGGCACAAGAGCUUGGCAACUGGGUAGGUUCUGAUUGGACGAUACUGGACACCACUUUUCAGAAAUGUGCUGCCUUGGAUUACAAGCAAAUAAAGGCGUAUGUGAGAAAGGAGGACAGGCAGCACAGCAAGGGUCAACUGGGAAUGGUCAAGGGCGAAGGGCCUAAGUUGGCUAAAUCAUGGUCGUCUGUGAAUCGCGUUUUUUGCCCUUCAACCUACAAAGGCAGAAGCACUGGAUCUUACUUGUGA